AUGUCUCGCGAAGACACAUCUCUGCAUCUGUUGAGGAAAUUCGUUGUCGACUGCUUUUGCAUAUCUGCAUUAAUCGGCCUAAUAUUCGUGACUACGGAUGUGUGGGCGGGUUUUGAAAGGGGAUUUUUCUGCGGAGAUGAGAGCCUCAUGUACCCUUACAAGCCGGAUACGGUUUCUACGCCUAUGCUGCGGAUGUACGGAUUGGGACUUCCUAUUCUAGCAUUUCUAAUAUGCGAAUGGGCGCUACUUCGCAAAGACGACGAGUUCCAGUGCUUCCGUUUCCCACUCCCACGGUGGAUGAGGGGAUUCUACUGUGUGAUGGCUUGUUUCGGCUACGGAGCCUGUUUUAUUGAACUCACUACUAACAUCGCCAAGAACGUCAUCGGGAGACCACGGCCACAUUUCUUUGACUUAUGCCGGCCCACAGUUAACUGCAGUUUGCCGGAGUGGCAGCACCGGUACAUAGAGAGCCGUGAAUUUGAAUGCACUGGUAUUAAGAAUACUGAAAAAUUCAAUGAUUUACACAUGUCAUUCAUUAGUGGACAUUCUGCGUGGUCGGCAUUCACUAUGAUUUAUUUGGCAUUAUAUUUAGAGAAGAGAAUGGUAUGGAGGGGCACGAGGCUGAUUCGUCACGUCCUUCAGUUCUCAGCUGUGAUGAUCAGCUGGUUCACAGCCCUCUCUCGCGUCACAGACUACAAGCACCACUGGAGCGAUGUGUUAGCGGGCUAUUUCCUCGGUCUAACCUUCGCUGUUCUCGUGUGGACAUGGGGUACUGAUCUGAUUCAACCGAAGAGCAAGCACCAACCUAUUUCACAACAUGAAAUACAUCUGCACAAUCAUAAAACAUCGGAAUUAGUAUAA